AUGAAGCACCUCGCAGCUUACCUCCUCCUCGCCCUUGCCGGCAACGAGUCCCCCUCCGCCUCCGACAUCAAGGAGGUCCUCUCCUCCGUCGGCGUUGACGCUGAUGAUGAGCGCCUCGAGAAGCUGAUUGCUGAGCUCCAGGGCAAGGACAUCAACGAGCUCAUCGCUGAGGGUACCACCAAGCUGGCUUCCGUUCCCUCUGGUGGUGCUGGUGGCGCUGCUGCCCCCGCUGCCGCUGCCGGUGGUGCUGCCGCCGCUGAGGCCCCCGCUGCUGAGAAGGAGGAGGAGAAGGAGGAGUCCGACGAGGACAUGGGCUUCGGUCUCUUCGACUAA